AGCUAAUAACUUGUCAAAUUUUGAUGUUUCAGGAACUUACUUAGGGCUACUUCAUCCAUAACCUUCCAUAAUCGACUAUCAAGCUUGUUUAUUACUUCAGCUCCACCAACAUCAUGAGGACGCUUCGCCCAUCAGUCAGAUGAAGCUGCUUUCUGUGUCAUCGAGCCAGCGGUCUAUCUUCCUCGCCCGGUGGAUCGUACCUCCCCACCACUACGUACCUACCUACGUACGAGAUCACGAAGGCCACCACCGACCUGGGCUCGCCUCGUUGCAGCUUCUUUGGCGCAAGACCUCAGAGCGGCUUACCGCCGCCCGAGAGCAUGCCGCGCCGCUCACAUACUGCGGCGCACAUUCUAUCUUUGCCACCUAUCAGCAGCUGUGUGCCAAAGAAAUACCUACGAGCAUACCGACCUCGCAUCCGAGGGAGCUUCCCUUGGCGUGACUGCGUGGUCUACCUAGUGCGUCACCCCUGCGCGGGGCCACUGACUUGCUUUGGCUACUUCGUUCUUGGCUUAGUUACUAGCUAUUUAAUUCACCACUAAGAAAGUGGACGUAUCUGAUUGGCACUGUCUG